GGAGGACGAUGUUAUCUCUGAACUUCUGACUACAAACCUUGAUCGUCAACCUUCCUUCUGGACAUCGACACCCUUCACCAUCGAUACUCCACUAUUACCCACCCAAUGCUCGCCCGUCGAGCUUCAUUGGGCAGGCGGAACACCUCCAUAUAACAUCACUGUCGCCACUACCUUCGAAAAGAUCCUUGCAAACUACUCCACCACCAACACCUCCACCACUGGGAUCGCGAACGUCACUGCUGGCGCCGCGGUAGCUGUGUUCGGGACGGAUGCGGGUGGAGCAUUUGGGAACUCGGGCCUGUUCGUCAUGGGUCAAGGAAUGAGCGACAGUUGCCUGCAGCACAAGAAAGCGCUGAGCUCAGGCGCCAUCGCAGAUAUCGUCGUUGCGGGUGCGGUCGUAUGCGUUGUUGCGCUUGCCCUCGUCUGGGCUCGGAGAAGGAAGCGCCGUGGAGACUGGCUCAGGCGAGAUAGAGUGGACCUCAAUGGGUCAUCUCUCGCUCCCGCAUAUCUGCAGCUCUCCAGUAAAGCGAUGUUGCGCGAGCGCGAGCUUCGUGCCGAGGGCGCCGAAGCAGCUGUCGAAUCGUCGGGCUCGAGCGUCGCAGAAGGGUCGAUAUUCGCGGAAGUUGGAGACUACACACCUUGUGCUGACGCGGACGUCGUGGCGAUCGUGAACCGCCAAACCUUUCCCUCCGCACGCCCGCCGCCGAUCAGGUCCAAACAAGAUGACUCGGAUUCCGCAGCUACUACGCAGGAGAGCUACAGUUCGCGCUUUGCACUCGCUCACAGCGACGCUCAACAUCGCCGAGACGAGGAUUGCGUCCCGGCACAUGCGCUCGAUGGAGGUGUUCGCCUCGCUGGCGGACCCAUUGACGGGCUCGACGACGCCGACGCGACGGGCACGCUUCCUCCUCCAUACAGGCGGUACUGA